AUGCCUCGGCACAGAAAACAGUCCAACGCUUCCUCGACUUCCUCCAUACCGGACCGGAAUCAGGAGCUUGAGAGUAUGUACGAUUACCUGGCGAAAGUGAUUCUGAUCGGACCUAGUGGGACUGGCAAGUCAUGUCUACUCCAUCGCUUUGUGAAGGAUGAAUGGCGCGUCCUGUCCUCACAAACAAUCGGCGUCGAAUUCUCAUCAAAAAUCGUCAAAAUCGGUACGGGCUCCCGGCGCAAACGCAUCAAACUCCAACUCUGGGACACGGCGGGCACAGAACGUUUCCGUUCCGUAUCAAGAUCAUAUUAUCGUGGAGCUGCGGGCGCGGUGUUAGUUUAUGAUGUUUCGUCAUAUGCCUCGUUUGCGGCGCUACCGACAUUUUUAAUGGAUGCGAGGGCGUUAGCAUCACCGAAUCUUACGACUAUAUUGGCGGGGAAUAAGACGGAUUUAUUGGUUGAUGGUGAUGAGACCGAGAUGGAAGAAACAGAAGACGAAGCGUCAACGUCGAUUGCGAAUAGUGUGUCGAGUAGCAGGAACACAUCCAUGUACAUGUUCGAUGCUGCGAGCAGCAAGACAGGAGCAGGCUCCCUCCGUUCCGUGACAAGCACAAACUUCUCAACAGCCGGUACUCGUCUAACAGCAACAAAAGCCUCGCACGGUCGACAAGUCAGUGACCUCGAAGCUAUAGAAUGGGCAACACGCAGCAACAUCCCCGUGGCCGUUGAAGUAUCUGCAUUCUCAGGCCAGAACGUCGAAGAGCUGUUUACUCGUCUCGCAAGGAUUAUACUGACCAAAAUCGAGUUGGGUGAGAUUGAUCCGGAUGAUCCGCAGAGUGGGAUUCAGUAUGGUGAUUCUGGAGCCUGGGGGAUGGCGGCGAGUGAUGCGGCGAGUGUGAGGAGUGGGUUGACUGUUGAUGAUAGUGCUAGCCAACUUCACGGUAGGAGGAAGAGAAAUGCCAAACGAAGUAAUAAUAGUUCAUGGAUGGGAUCUGCUGGGGAAUGGGGGGAUGUUUUUCGAAUAACAGGUUCGACUCGAGGGGGCUGUUGUUGA